AGGGAGGGCUGGGCUGCUCUGCUCCGGCGACUCGGCUGCUCUGGAGGAUUCGCGCGCGAUUGUUGAGGAACCUCAGAUGACAUCAUGACCAGGUGGGCAAGAGUUAGUACCACCCAUAAUAAGAGGCCCUUGUCUGCAACAUCAUGGGAAGACAUGAAGAAGGGAUCCUUGCAAGGAAGGAGCCAAAACCUUCCAAAACAUCAACAACUUGAAGCCAGUAGGCUGUCCCUUAAAAAUGAUACACACCAGGCCAAGCAUAAAAAGAACAAAAAGAAAAAGGAGUACUUAAAUGAAGAUGUGAAUGGAUUCAUGGAAUACCUAAGACAGAAUUCCCAGAUGGUUCACAAUGGAGAGAUAAUAGCAACAGACAGCCAGGAUGUAAGAGAGGAAAUUGCAAUUGCUUUAAAGAAAGACAAUCGGCGUGAAGGAAGACGGUUAAAAAGACAAGCAGCAAAGAAAAAUGCAAUGGUGUGCUUCCAUUGUAGAAAACCUGGCCAUGGAGUUGCAGAUUGCCCCGCUGCCCUUGAAAAUCAAGAUAUGGGUACUGGAAUAUGUUAUCGGUGUGGGUCCACAGAACAUGAAAUAACCAAGUGCAGAGCUAAAGUAGACCCGGCUCUGGGUGAGUUUCCAUUUGCAAAAUGUUUUGUUUGUGGGGAGAUGGGCCACCUGUCAAGAUCAUGUCCUGAUAAUCCCAAAGGAGUCUAUGCUGAUGGUGGUGGCUGCAAACUCUGUGGCUCUGUGGAACAUUUUAAGAAAGAUUGCCCUGAGGGUCAUAAUUCAGAUCGAAUGGUCACAGUUGGUCGCUGGGCAAAGGGGAUGAGUGCAGACUAUGAAGAAAUUUUGGAUAUGCCUAAACCACAGAAACCUAAAACAAAAAUACCAAAGGUCGUUAAUUUUUAAUAAAGAUUGGUACUAUUGUUAAUUGCCACCUCAUUGUUACUUUCCAAACUGGACCUGCUUUACAGUUAGAUGAUCCUGGGCUCCCUUAAAAGCAAGUUUGUAUUGUAGAUAUCAGAGUUCAUCAAGGAGUACUUCUAUACUGUUUAGAGAAAAAAAAACCAAAUAUCUGAAGAAAUGUAUAAGAUGACAUAGUAUUCUCUAAAAGUUUUUUUUCUUUGUUUUUUGGAGACAAGAGUCUCACAAAGGUAGUCCAGGUUGGCCUAGAAUUGGGCUGCCUCAGCCUCCCAAGUGCUGAGAUGUGUCACAAUGCCCAACAAAAAGCAUACUUUAUGGAACAGAACUUAGGCAUAGCUAAGUCGGUAUCUGCCUGAUUGUAAUCGUCGUAUUUUUUAAAUGAAAUUUUUACAGUGAAUUAACCCUUAAAGAACACUGCUUUUAUUUCUUAAUGGAUAUUUUUGGUUAUGUUGUUUUCUGGAUCCAGCACUCAGUCUAUUAUUAAAGAAACUUAUUUAUAAGUUGUCACAUUUAUUUUUUUAAUGUCAAAUAAAAGAAUAUUUUUUA